AUUACAUCUACCUCCAAUUGUUUAGUAAAUGCAUCAACAUUCCCUGGCGAGAUCAUGCGUUUAAAUUCGUAUAUUGAACCAGUGUCUCUAUUGGGCAGCGCUUUUGUGAAGUAAAUGUGCAUGUGAUCAGGGCACAAUCGCGCACAUCUUUUACAUACCUGUACUGUGCACCACCUGUCGCUCGCGCCACUGACGCAGCUGGUCAUAUUUGCCAUUCCCUAGAUUUGUUUUUAGGUCAACGGCAUAGUUAGAAGAUAUGGGAGUGAAAGCACAGAGUGUCACAAAUGGACAAAGCAGAGCAGAAAGCCUUUCGUUUGACUUUACGUCUUGGUGGCGCCACGACAUUAUAUCGACCUGUUUUUCAAACAGACAGAACGUUUGCAUCUCGACCGGACUCGUCUGUUUGUCCGUGCUUCUUUUGAUAAUAUCCUGUUUUAUGCUGGUAUGUCUGAGAUGCAGAGGCCGGGACAGGAAUUCCGGCAAGGAGGCAGCCUGUGUCCUCUACUGUUUCUUUGGCAAUUUGUGCAGUACCAUCGGGGCAUUUCUCUCCAAUCAGCUGGCUCUUCAGGUCAUAAUGGGUGGUUUUAUGGCAGCUGUAGAAGUUAUUCAUUUAAUCUCCAUCUUCCCGAUAUUUUUGCGUUGGAACACCAGAGCAGAGAAGAGGCUGAGGAUGAUUAAGAGGAGGAGGAGGCAGAACUUCAUGGCUGUGUCUCUGCUGUUGGUGGUGGGUGGAGGGAGCUACCUAACCUCCAGGACCAGCCAUGGGCUUGUAGACAGACCUCUCACUGGGAGAAGACUUCUUCUCACUGACCUCCUGCAUGACCGUAUGGAGGUCCUCGGUUACAUUCUUGGUCUGCUCUCUUUUGUGAUUGCCUGGACCUCUAAGUUCCCUGACCUCUCCAGAGCACUCAGAGGGGAGAGUUCAAGUGCACACGUGUCCUCUGGGUUGCUGUGCUCUUUGGCCGGUGCCCUCUACACCUCGGCCAUAUUACUUUACGACACCCAGUAUGAGUUUGUACUGAAGGCCAUGCCGUGGCUCCUGGCGUCAACGUGCUGUGCAGCCCUGGAUCUUGCUAUUGUGGUCCUGUCCUGGUGUAGGAAGGGUACCCCUGAGCAGCAGCCUGGAGGGGGUUCUCCAGAUACAGAGAGUCUCCUGGGCGGCUCCUCUCCCCCUAGUCAGCACAACCCCAGUGGGAAGACAAAACAAAAACUCCCAUUGGACUUGGAUGGAGCUCCUCCCCGGGUUCUCUCCAGUAAGAAGAAUCUAAAGUUUGCUGACAUGGGGCAUUACAUGGAUGUCAACAUUCAACCCGUGCGAAAGGUGUGUCUAAAGGAGGUGACUCUCUCUAGGGAAGAGGGGGUUUCAGAGAGCCAUCCCCUCAGGAGGACAGUGAGGGUAGUGAGAGUGGAUGAACCCUGCACCUCCGAAACGUUCUCAGACUCCUCAUCCCUCAACUCGGAUCUGGAGUGGGAUUUUGAAGACGCAAAUGCACAGUGGAACAAACUGCUAAAAGAGAACGUGGAUGGAUUUCCCCUGCAAGAAUGGCCGACGAAUCCAAGCCCAAAACCCACCUGCAGCUGUGGUGGCAUCAUUUGACAGGCUGGGAAGCGGGUAUAAAGCAGAGUGGGUGAAGUGGUGUGAUAAUUUCGAACACUGGUGAAUGACCUGGUGACACUUCCUCAUUACAUCACAUGGUCAGAUCAGUGUUUUGGAUUGUGAAUAUGAAAGAUAAUAAAAGUGUAAAAAUUGAUCUUCCAUCAAA